GCUUUGGAUAGCACAGUACAUCACACGCCGUGGAAAGAGUGCAUCAUUACGGUUUUCAUCAUGUUGUCUGCGUACUCUUUGGCAUUUUGAACCCAGACACACGUAAAGAAGAAACCCUCUGAGGACGAAUUUAUUUGGAAACAAACUUUUGGAAUUUCUUGCAACUUUGGGUCCACUUCCAAUUCUUAAGUCUAUCUUGUCCGUAGUCUGUCAAUUGUCUACUUCAACGUCAAACAGAAUGUACUGCCACAAUCUGGUCUUUUUUGUAUUUGUGUAUUCCCACGCGCUACUGAUGAUGUGCCUGCCACCAGCCUCAGCGCAGAAGUCGAAUGGUCCUCGGUGGCUAAUAGGAGACAGAGAGAGUCCAUGUUCCCCUGCAUGCUCCAGGAGUCACAGCAAGCCUGUGUGUGGGUCAGACGGACACAGUUAUGAUACCAACUGUGACCUGGAGAGGGCGAAAUGCAAGGACCGCACGCUCACCCUCGCCCACAGGGGCCGAUGCAAAGGUAAAAACUGGGUGAGGAUAGAUCAGCAUCUUCCUGCACCCACACUUGUUUCAGAGGUCAAAGAGUUGACAGGUAUAAAAGAAGAGGGCCAGACAAAAUGUCGGACUGAGAGGAUUCAGGCUCUGGAACAGGCCAAAAGGCCGCAGGAAUCCAUUUUUAUCCCAGAAUGCAAUGACGAUGGAACAUUUGCCCAGGUCCAAUGUCACACCCUCACAGGAUACUGCUGGUGCGUGACGACAGAUGGCAAGCCAAUCAGCGGCUCUUCUGUCCAGAACAAAACACCAGUGUGUUCAGGAAACUUCCGUGUAUUUAUGGGAACUCAUGCUGGGACAAGUGGAUUGUCAGGGUCAGUAACCGAUAAGACAGGACCUCCUAGUUCUGGCAGAAAAGUCUCUUUCCGUUUCUUUCUCACCCUCAAUCCAGAUGAUGGCUCCAAGCCCACACCAACCAUGGAGACGCAUGUCGUCCCAGAAGGUGAGGAGAUUACAGCUCCAACGUUGUGGAUUAAGCAGCUUGUGAACAAACAGAACAGUUCAAACAGUAGGAAGUCAGAGAAAGUUCCCUCUUGUGACCAGGAGAGGCAGGCCGCUCAAGAUGAGGCUCAGCAGAACCCACGGGAAGCCGUCUUCAUCCCUGACUGCGGCCUGCAGGGCCUCUACAAGCCGGUCCAGUGCCACCAGUCCACUGGUUACUGCUGGUGUGUGCUGGUGGACACUGGGAGACCCAUACCUGGAACCUCUGCGAGGUAUGAGAAACCAGAAUGUGACAGUGCGGCUCGUUCUCGAGACUCAGACAUGGAAGAUCCUUUUAGAGACAGAGAUCUGACAGGGUGUCCAGAGGGAAAGAAAGUGGAAUUCAUAACCAGCCUGUUGGAUGCCCUCACUACUGACAUGGUGAUGGCUAUCAACUCACCAGCCCCCUCUGGUGGCGGGAGGUUUGUUGAGCCUGACCCAAGCCACACACUGGAGGAACGGGUGGUUCAUUGGUACUUUGCCCAGCUGGAUAAUAAUGGCAGUCAUGAUAUCAACAAGAAGGAGAUGAAGCCCUUCAAGCGCUAUGUAAAGAAGAAAGCCAAGCCCAAACGAUGUGCCCGCAAGUUCACAGACUACUGCGACCUUGACAAGGACAAGACCAUCUCCCUUCAAGAACUCAAAGGAUGCCUAGGAGUCAAUAAAGAGGGUAGCACUACAAGCAGCAUCAGCAGUCAGGGGACAAGGCAAGGGACAAAUUUGUUCAGUAAGGCCUGACUAAUUGCUUUCGCACUAACAUUUGCCUCAGCAGCUGCAGCGAGCAGAAGUUCUAAUCUAUUAACAAUAUGAAUAGAGUGCAAGCAAUGUAGUGAACAAUACAGUAUAUGCCUUCCCCUUUUAUGAUGGAGAUGGGAUGAAUGAUGCAUCUUUAUGGCCACCCACAUUGUGUCUGCUUUUGUGUGUGCAUGUGUUCUUUGUGAACUAAAUUCAAUAGAUGAUUACUUUAAUCAUAGUUUUUCACUGUAGUCAGAGUGCUGUAUGAGUCAGAAGUGACCUAUUCUCAGAAUAAUCAGGGACAAAAAUAUUAUG